GCUGAUUGAUUAACAAAUAGGGGCAUUCUCUGUCUGCCUUCGCUCUUCCCCCGUCGUCCUCGUUUGUUCUCGUCUCUCCCUCUCUCCUCCUCUCUCAUCGCCUCUCUUUCGGCCGACCUCUGUCAUCGGACGGGAUAUUUGAGGGGAUCAGGGGGCCACGGACUCCCCCCUCCCCUUUCUUACCCUUCCUCCCUCCUUCUCUUCCACCUUCCUCAUUCACCUCCUUCUCCUGUCUUCCCCUCUGUACUUGUGGCAGUACAGACCUAGCUUUGUUUGCUGGAACCUGUCUGUGGCUGUUAUCCACACACACACGCACUCAACCAACCCAACCACCUCCCUCCUCUCACCCGUAACCAUUGUCUGAAACCAGAAACACCCAGCACACCUCCUCUCUCUCCGACCUUCUCUCCUCCCAUCCAAUCACCCCAGCUGGGCCUGGAAUGUUGCAGGAAUGACUGACCUUACACUCACACACACACGCAUACUCACGCGCACACACACACGCACGCACGCACGCACACACACACAUACAAGCAAGCAGUGGUUACCUGCAUCCGUUUCCCCCCCGUCCCCCCUGGACCCGCCCCUCGGUUAGCAGGAGCUGCUGGAGUGAGCACUUGUCGGGACAGGAGCUGCUGCAGAGCAACACCUGCGUUCACACCAGAUGGAGAAGCAAGUACUACUGCCAGAUGAUGUUGAGCAAUGGAGUGCUGGUGACUGUCACCCUCAAAGGACCUCAACUCGAUCAAGUGUGUGUAGACCGCACGUUAGUGGGUCGACUUCCUGCCAACACUGUGACUGAUGCGGUGCUGAGCGAUCGGCUGGUUCUGCUGUCCUUCCUGGAGCAGAGCCAGGUCGCCGGCAUCUACCUGAACAAGAAGAGCCAGGAUUCCCUGGAGACUGGCAGGCGAACAGACAAACUCUCAUCUUCUGAAAUCAAGGUGAUGUGUGUGGAGGUGGGCGGGCCGGGUGGAGGACUUCGCAGGCGUGUAGCUCUCAGUCAUCUCCAGGACGUGGCGCUCUGCUGGUGGACGCUGGACGAGCUCAGCGAGGGGAUGUGGCCGUGGACUCCCACAGACAUGCACAAAAACAAUCUGGUCCUGAUAAGCUGCUCACCUACUGAAGGACUCAAGCUCCUUUGCUCUGUCCGGACGACAGGCAACCCCCUGGACUGCUGCUUCAGCCAGCUUCAGCACUACCAGAUCCUGACAGUGGAGUUACCUGCUGGACCUCAAGGACUGUCCGCUGACACCUGUGUGUAUGAAUGUGCACGAGGGCGCCUGCACCGUACAUCCAUCACUUCCAUCCCAUUGCCAUCGCCUCCUCUCUCCUGCUCUCGUCACCCAUGUGAGACCAUUCUUCUCCUUGGCUUGAGGGACUCCUCCUUAGUGCUGUACGACCAGAGGCGGGCGGUGUCGGUCUUGGCCCCCUGCCCUGUACCGCCCUCGUACAUGGCCUGGCACCCUGCGGGGGCUGUUGCCAUUAUGGUGGGGGGGCAGGAGGAAGUGAUGUGCUUUGAUGUAGGCUUGGCACCUUUAAACAUGGACCUGAUAGCAGAAGAGGCCACUCCAGCAGCCACAUUGAGACUGACUCAGCACCUGAACUGCUCUGGAGGCCUGGCUGGACUGCAGUGGGGAGCUGGUUUGGAUGGUGGACCGGAGGGGACAGAUAUGCUGACUUUGGUCUUUAAUGGAGGACCAUUAGCUGCCUUGAAAUUUAGACUAGGAGCUCUAACUGGAGGCCAGCUGGGCCAUGUGGAGUUGUUGCAGCAGCGGCUCCACUGCGGUCAGGUCAGAGAGGCGCUGGGCAUCCUGGAAGCCAUGGACUGGAGCACCAUGGCGGAUGAGAGCUACCAAGGCCUGAGCUCUGUGACCAACCACCUGCUGAGACUGCCGCUCGACGCAGACAGGGAAGCCCAGCUGGAAGCGGCCCUGCGGGUGUUUUAUGCCCCGGCUGCCCCUCUGCCCGAUACCAUCAUACUGGAGUACAGAGAGCCGGUCACCAAGUACGCUCGCCGCCUUUUUCACCACCUCCUCAGGCAUCAGCGUUUUGAGAAGGCCUUCCUCCUCGCUGUUGACUUGGAAGCUCGAGAUUUGUUCAUGGACCUCCAUUAUGUCGCCGGUGAUAAGGGCGAGGUGGUGCUCGCGGACGUGGCCAAGAGGAAAGCUAAUGAAAUCGAAGCCCGGGCCAUCGCAGGCAACGGUGUUCUUCAGAGAGGCACCAGUGCUGCUUGUGGUUCCAGCUUGAGUCACAGAGAACCAGAUAGGGACCCAAAGGGGACAGGUCCCUUCUCCUCAGACAACCCUCCAACACGAGCCGAUGAACUGACCAGACCAAGGAGACCAGAGUCCAUCCAUGUAGCGGUCAGUCCAGAUCUGCUCAGAAUGCUGAGACAGACAGGAAGCAGUGGAGGCAACAGAGAAGGAGGGAACGAUGACGAAGACCCCGGGAUGCUCCAUGUAGUUCAUUUAGGAAUGGUUUGAAUAAAAAAAAGGAUUUUAUUCCCUAAAGGAGACAAUAUACUAUUAUAUUCUCCUUAUGUCUCGCAAUAGAUGUAUGUUUUUAUUUGCAAAGAAGGAUGCUUAUCUGAAAUGUUAUUUAUGCAAAACGGAAGGUGCACAAUUAAAAAAAUAUUUAAUCUAAUUCAUUUUUAUACAGCAUCUAAUAAAACCAUGAACAGUUUUUCUAUUACAAAUACAUCAAAACCUGCCACUCACCAACCUGAAUAAAAUAAAGACUUUUUGUGUUGGUA